GCAGUCGACGCCUUCAACAUAUGUAUCAGGGUCGACGCCUUCAGCGUAUGCACCGCAGUCGACACCUUCACCGUAUGCUCCCAGCAAUUCUGCCUACACGACCUUCCAGCCACGCUACGAGCCAUCGACCUCUUACGACUCGUACAAGCCCCCGGCUUUUGCGUCGUCGUAUGGAGCUGGUCAGCCUCCUGCCCAGAAGGCACCUCCCCCAGUUUCUGCUCCUCCUCCUCCUGCGCCGAAAGCUGACACAUACCGACCCAAAGUUGUUAAUGCUUAUGACCCGCCUUUACCGCCAGCAAAGCCUAAAUAUCGCAAUGCUCUGCCCAAGUCUCCUUCUCUUUCGGCGUUCUCUGCCUAUGGUAUCCACUCUGCAGCUCCUCCAAGUCCGGCCUACGCUCAGGCGGCCCAUGCAGUUUCCCCUCCUCCUCCUCCGCCUCCCCGAGCUGCAAGUGCAGGCAUCAGCCGACCCCCCCACGCAGUUAGCUCGCCCGACAGUAGUCGCGCCUCCAGUCCUCCAGUUUCUAGGCCGGUUCAACCUGGGCACAGUCAGGCCGUGUAUGGGAAUAACGGCGUACGUGCGAAGCACGACGGGUUCCCUCGUUCUUCCUCCCCUUCCGUCUCAACCUAUCAAGCGCAAGCAUAUGGCUAUGGGUCUUCAGGAUCUAACAACACAUUCGAUUCAGCACCGUUGACGCCGUCGCUGACUGCAACUGUCGAUGUGGUCAAUAUGUAUGGCGGUGGAGUCUCAUUGCAGUCACCUCCAUCCUCAGGCCCAAAGACUGCACCUGCCAUCCUUGAAGAUGACCCAGAAAAUCCGAUGACAUCCUUCCAGGACACCUUCGAGACGGGACGGACCUACCAGCCGAGACAGGAAGGCGUAGCUGCACAGACCUCACUCGAGUCCUCGUCAGACAGCUCGGUCCUCACCACAGACGCUGCGGAAUCUGGCUCUGGCAGAGUAUCGUCGCCGGAUAGGAUGCCUGCAGAAUCUUCGAGCAAUCCAGAGGAGGACAAUCAGAACUCCAAGGGCGCCCCAGUGCUUCCGUCUCCACCCCCUCGCAGUUCCUACUCGUAUGAGCCUCAACCUUCAUCGAGUCGGAGCAGCUUGGAUAAGCACAUGCCCGCCGAAUCACCCGCUAGGUCUCCGCCUCCUCCAUCAAUAAAUCGAAGCAGCUUAGAUCGCUAUGCACCCGCGAAGUCUGCCACUGUCUCACCACCCCCAGCAGCGAUAAAUGGGUAUGCGGUUCCAGUCUACGACCCGUACAAGCCUUCUCAGCGCGAUAACGACCCUCCCCAACAAAGCGCGCAGAGGGCGAAGUCACCAGGCGCAACUUCGGUUCGUUCGUAUACGUCGUCGCUUGGUGGACAAUCUGCGUCAUCUGUCGCAUCACGGUCUCAGUCUCCAACUGUGCACCUGCCCGCUCGGGAUCGUGCAAUGUCUAACGGUAUCCCGUUUGGUCCUGCACAACCUCCCGCAAAUGCCAAUCCAUACACGCCAGUUUACGGUAUCAAGCGUGAAAGCAGCGAAGUUUCUGAUUACGGUGAUUCAUGGACGAGUCGCUCAUAUCCGAGUGUGGAAGCGGGUCACAUACCCAUAACAACAGCGUCUGAACCGGACCGUGGUCAAGAUAUCUAUCUCAGUGCUCCGGCUCGUGCCCCGUACGCCCCGUCCCCAACAUUGUUGGGUGCAAAUGAUCCUCUGGGCAGGGUAGCCGCGCGCGCACCAUUAAUGAGCUUCGGUUUCGGAGGCAAACUUUUGACAUGCUUCCACGGGUCUUCCUCCCUCAGUACUGGGUUCGAUGUUGCAUUGUCCUCUAGGCCUUCGACAGACAUCCAGAUGCGCACCCUUCACACACUUCUCCCUGAGUCUGCUUCAGGCGUCGCAGUUCCGGCCUAUCCAGGCCCUCUGUUUUCGGACCCUGGUACUCCCACGACAACGAGCUUAGUCCGCACGAAUGCUUCCCAGGUGAAGGCGAAGAAGGCGCGCGUCCUCAAGUACUUGGAGGAGAAGGAAGAAGAGAUAUCCCGAGCGGUUGGUUACUUGACGCGAGGUUCCUCUGAGCACCGACGAGCAGAAGGCAAGUUGGUUCUUGUGAAGUUGCUGAAGAUCAUGGUCGAGAAUGAUGGGAAACUCAGUGGAAGUGACUCCGUAGACGCUGCAGCUCGCUCAGCGCUGGUUCCACGUAUCCAGGCCACCUCUAACAGCAAUGAAACAGGUCUAUCUGCUGCGGCUGAUCUAUCUCUAGGUUACCCCGGACUUGGCUCGUCACAGCCUAAUGAGACACCGCUUGCGUCCUACAUCGUCAAGCCUUCUACAUUGGACAAGAUACAAGAUUUCUUGCUGCGCGGUGAACGUCGUAAAGCGUGCCAUUAUGCUUUGGAUGAGAAGCUUUGGGCACACGCGAUGUUAAUUGCUAGCAGUAUAGAUAAGGAGGCAUGGAAAGAGGUCGUGCACGAGUUCCUACGGACUGAGUUAGGCUACCAAUCGGCCGGUGGCCAUGGCGCUUCUCUGGGCGCGAAUGGCAAGGCUGCGGACCCUGGGCGAACCUCACUCAGGGUGGCGUAUAGCCUUUUUGCGGGGGAGGGAGCAUCAUCAGUGCAGGAAAUGGUUCCCCCCAAGCUGUUGUCGAAGACAACGUCAGAGUCUCUUCAAGUGCCACAUCCCGUUACCCCGAUGGCACCGACGCCAAUAUCACCUAAUUUCCCCAGUGCGGCGCUGACGACCAGUGUUCCCGAGGACGUCCUAGCUGAUUGGCCAGAGACCGCUGCAAUGCUAUUGUCCAAUCCUAUGACGGCAGACGCCUCAUCUGCUCUUACCACCUUGGGCGAUUAUCUUGCCGCUAAUCAUUGGGUGGAAGCUGCACAUGCUUGCUAUCUUCUUUCUCCCCAGACGUCAGCAAUCGGGGGUGCGGGUAGUCCUUCGGUCCGCUUGGUGUUGGUAGGGUCGCCAAGUCCUCAGAACUUCACGAGAUUUGGUAAAGACCACGAUCCGAUUAUAUUCUCUGAGAUCGCGGAGUUCGCUCUGUCGUUGGCACCAACGACGAAGGGCCAAGAGACAUUCGCGGGGUUGCCCCACCUACAAGCAUACAGGCUUAUCCGCGCGGCUACACUAGCGGAACUUGGUCACGUUCAGUUAGCUAACCGGUAUUGCGAGGCUAUCCGGAGUUCCUUAUCUCGUCAGUCGCCUUACUUCAACGUGGUGUUCAUGCACUGCUUGCGGGAACUCUCGGAUCGCCUGGUGGCCGCUCCUCAAGUCGACAAAGCGGGGUCAUGGAUAGGCGGGAAGAUGAGCAAACCGAGCUUAGAUAGCAUAGGAAGCUGGGUCGGAGGCCGACUGACUAAAUUCAUCGCUGGCGAUGAAGACAAGUCUCCGACUGACGAUCCCUUGGGUCGGUCCAGUCAAGACGACAAUACGUUCUCAGGACCAUUCACCCACUACAGUGCUAUCUCUUCUACUGUGCCGUCUCAUACUCCAUCGCCCGCGCCGUCGGUACAGAGCCUUAAUUUUGCGUCUGCGUCGCCGCCACCUCGCAGGAGUGGUUCUGCUAUGGCGCUGCGCCCUAAUCUAACCAGUGAUGUUCACGUGGACCGGGCGUCUUCUGCCAUGGAUUAUACCAGGCCUUCGGCUAGGAAGUCCUCCCCUGCACCAAGAUUAGGCUCAUCCGACACUUCAUCCUCGUCGCCUUACGGUCAGGUACCUUCGUUCGGACAGGUGGUGAAUGGCUAUGGUGCAGCGAAUGGAUAUGGAGGGUAUCCUUCGUCGCCUAUGGCACCCUCCGCGGACGGUUCCGAAGCUUCUCAGAAUGGGUCAUCUUGGUGGAACGGGUACGGCGCAGAGAAUGAUUCUGUCACGCCCACCGCAAGCUCAUUCAAUCAUACAAAUGAUGCAGAAGGGGGGGCUGAUUCUUCUAAUUUUAUUUCCCUCAUGGAUGAUCAGAUGAUGACACCGAUGGCGUCCCAAACCUCAGCUGCACCCUCCAGAGGCAUAUCUUAUGAUGAUGAGGACAUAGAAGAUGACUUAGGCAUUGGCAAUCCAACCAAGAAGUCCAAGGCUGACAAAGCGGAGACAAAGGAACCCGGAAAGCCGUCUCCGACGGAAACUUCGAAUAAUAAGCCCGAUACUGACAAACCUGCCCUGUCCUCGACGUCUUCGAGUUCCUGGCUAAGUCGCUUGUGGAAGCGCGAGAGCACCCCGACGCCCGUAAAGGCCAACCUGGGAGAAGAAGUGACGUUCUACUAUGAUAAAGAACUGAAGCGCUGGGUAAAUAAGAAGGCUGGCGCUGACGCUGCUCAGCCUAAACCCCCGCCUCCGCCGCCAUCUCGAGCACAGACGGCUUCUCCGAGCCGGUCAGCACCUGGUGUCACGCCGCCUCCUGCACGGCCUGCCUCAGCUGUAGAUCUGACGAUAUCGCCUCCCAAAAAGCCUCCCAUGCGUGUGCGGUCUAACUUGGUACCUGAAGGGGUCGAGUCCGCACCCACUACGCCUGCUGCACAUGCUGGAUUAGAUGUGCCACCACCUCCAGGGCGGCCUAAGUCAGGGAUGGCGAAGAGAAGCGCGCGGAGCCGUUAUGUAGAUGUUUUCCAAUCACAACCUGGUUCAUAGAUAUAUAGCAUUCAUAGCAUAUUUCAUUAUUUGGACUUGACGUAGUUCUAAUUCUUCGGGAUGAGCGC